AUGAAUGGAAUGGAGCCUAUUGUGCUUUUCAAUUGGCAUGCCUUUAAGCAAGCACAACCCUCUGAAAACUUCAUAGAAUUAUCUAAAGAGGUAGUUGCUUAUUGUGAUGGACUUCCACUCGCUCUUGAAGUCCUUGGUUCUUGUUUGCGUGGGAGAACAAUUAAACAAUGGAAGGGUGUAUUGUCCAAACUACAGAGGAUUCCUAAUAAAGAUGUAUACAAAAGGUUAAAAAUAAGUUAUGAUGGAUUGGAUGACCAUACAGAGAAGGACAUUUUCCUUGACAUAUGCUGCUUUUUUAUCAACAAGGAUAGGAACUAUGUCACACAAAUAUUAGAUGGUUGUGAAUUUUAUGCAGAAGAUGGACUACAAAUCCUCAUAGAGCGGAGCCUAGUAAAAGUUGGUAGGAAUAAUAAACUUGAAAUGCACGAUUUAUUACAAGAAAUGGGGAAAGAAAUCAUUCGUGGAAGCCCACCGAAACAUCCUAAGGAACGUAGCAGGCUAUGGUUUCACAAAGAUGUGCUUGAUGUGUUAACAAAACAUUCGGGAACUGAAGCUAUUAAGGGUAUAUCUCUGAAAGCACCAGAAACCCAUAGAGAGCGUGUCAUUGAUUCUGAGGCAUUUAAGGAGAUGAAGAAACUUAGAUUGCUUCAACUAGAUUAUCUACUGGAUAUGUUGAAGACACUCAAUCUCAGUCAUUCGUCUUAUUUGACACAAACUCCUGAUUUUACAAAACUACCAAACCUUGAAAGACUACUGAUGAAAGAUUGUCCAAGCUUGAUUUAUAUUCAUGAGAGCAUUGGGCACCCAAAAAAUCUUCUUCAUGUAAAUCUAAAAGAUUGCAAAAGUCUCAGAUAUCUUCCUAGAAACAUCUACAAGUUGAAAUCUGUCAAAACUCUUAUUCUUUCUGGUUGUUCAUUGAUUGACCAUUUAGAAGAAGAUAUUGAGCAGAUGGAGUCCUUGACAACUCUGAUGGCGAUAAAACUGCCAUAA